UCUCUUCUCGGAUCUUCGAUCACUACUAACUCUUGUGCAGCCGCUUGGAUUCGUUGAAGGUCGUCGGUGAGAGCUGACUUGCUGCUGCUAUGGCAACUCCCUCCCAUGAAACUUCAGAGGUUACGAGCCCCCUUACGAACGAGGUUACUGCUGAGCAGGAAUCUCUGCCCUCUGUUUUCAAGAACUCUGAACCGAUACGGGAGGAUCAGAUUCAGAACGCUAUCAAGUUCCUUUCCCACUCCAGAGUUAGAGGGUCUCCUGUGAUUCAUAGAAGGUCGUUUCUCGAGAGGAAAGGUCUCACCAAGGAAGAGAUUGACGAGGCUUUCCGCCGUGUCCCUGACCCGUCUCCAAGUUCUCAAACAACAGUUACCAGUCAAGAUGGGCAGCAAGCAGUGUCUCAUGUUCAGCCACAAGGACAGAUACAAGCUAUGCAACCUGCUCCCGUUGUUAUGAUUCCGCCUCCAAGUUUGCUCUCCCGCUUUCGCUGGUACCAUGCUGCUCUUGCUAUUGGAGUAUUAGCUGCUUCUGGUGCCGGAACUGCUGUUUUUGUCAAGAGAUCCCUUAUCCCCAGAUUAAAAUCGUGGGUCCGCAAGAUUAUGUUGGAAGAAGAAAGUGAUUCUCUGGAGAGAGCUGAUGGAAAACCUAGCUUAGCUGAAGAAGCAGUAGCUGCAGCCAGAGCUGCUUCGGCGGCUGCUUCUGAUGUAGCCAGGGUUAGUCAGGAAAUGAUGAAAACGAAGACUGAAGAGAGGAAGAAUUUUGAGGACUUGAUGCAACUGUUAGGCGUCCAAGUACAAGAAAUGAAGUCCUUGAGCAAUAAUAUCCGUUAUCUCGAAAGGAAUUCCAACAACCUCCCCAAAGUAUAUUCAGCCAAUCAAGAGGUUUAUGGUGGUUUGGUCAAAACUCCAGCAGAAAGGAGACCCUAUGCAAAUGGCAGCAACAUUGAUUAUGACACGCGCUCGGCACGGUCUACUUCUCCUCCUGCACCACCGGCUGAUUCUUCUGUGGCCCCUCAUCCAAAGUCAUACAUGGAUAUAAUGUCUAUGAUCCAGAGAGGAGAGAAGCCUUCAAACAUUCGGGAGAUCAACGACAUGCCACCCAAUCCAAACCAACAGCUACCAAAUCCUCGCAUAGCUCCUAAAGCUAAGCCAUGGGACUAUGGUCAAGCGCCGCAAGAAGAGGGUUCCAACGGUCCAUGGUGGCAACAGAAGAACCCUAGAUCCGGAGAUUUCGGGUAUGAGACAACAUCAGCACGUUCCAUCGGCAUCCAAAAUGAAACAAGCACAAUGGAACCAGCAGCUAUCCAGAAGCAGCGAUCAUGGGUUCCUCCGCAACCGCCUCCAGUUGUUAUGCCAGAAGCAGCCGAGGCCAUUCGCCGUCCUAAGCCACAAGCUAAGAUAGACCAAGAAGUAGUAGCUGCUGCUGCUAGUGAUAGUAACCAGUCGGGUGUGAGCGAUGAGUUACAGAAGGUCACUAAGUUCUCUGAAUCUGGUGGCGAUGGAUCAGGAAGAUUGCAGAUCACGGAGAUUCAAGAAGAAACAGAAAAGCAACAUCUCGGACAAGAAGGGAACUAAGAAACUCAAAUACUUUAUAUAUAUGAUGUUUGCUUGUAAGAAAACAGUUAUAGAUCUAUGUUCAUUAAUUUAAUAAACAAGUCAAACCCUUUUUGCACAACUAAACUCAGUCAAUUUGGUUUGCUUGCCUUAUUAAAUAUUCCUUCUGUUUA